AUGUCGACUUCGCGUGACAUGCCUGGGCUCGGAGGGACAGGCGUACCUGACGGCUCUCAGGAGCAACCGAUCUUAGUCGACGAGGAUCAUGACGUCCCCCAGUCUGGCAUCGGAUUCGAGGUAGAGAGGCUCGUUCGACAAGUCCAAAAGGGAGAUGCCAGGUUUAACCCCAUCGAUCUCGACGGCGAGGACGAGAACCUUUCUGAGGAUCCGUGGCGUGCCGACGAGGAAAACUACGACCGUGACAACGCCAAGAUCGAACUCGAGGAGCUGACAGACGAGCCCGAGGACACCCAAGGCGGGCCCUGUGUACACUGGAAGAAAGGCAUCCGCAACCCCUGCCCAUGCGGCACUCAUCAAAAGGUGCCCAAGGUGAUGGCCGGCAGCAUCGAGAUCAGCCAGUCUCAGGUUGUCGAGUUGAAGGUGUCCGUCCGUGUCGGCCGCUACGAGGCAGAAUUCCUCGAAGUCUACGAGAUCUGGGUCUCUUACAAGGGCGGCGAUUCCUUCGUCCGUGGUCUAACCUAUGCCAGGACAAGGAACCUCGAGGGCCGGAUCGUGCCUCGCAAGAAUGAAGUCUGCGAGAUCUAUGAACUCGAUGAGAACGACCACCGAACAUAUCUGGAGCAGGCGCUGGUUGAGGUUCCGAUACAGAACAUCAAGACCAUCAGGAUUCUCCACAAGACGAACAGGGCCUUUCCAGAGUGCCGCUUCGAUCCGGUCCGGUACAGGACCAAGAAGGAGCGAGAGGACAGGGCACCCAUUAUUUGUCGUUGGAAACAGGUGUUGUCGUACCCGGAUUCCAGAUAUCGCCGCCAACAGCGACCAAUUGCUGGGGAGGUGAUCGAGCACUAUAGCCAGGACGACAUACCCAAAGAACGACAUCGCAUACCAGACAGUGAGCGCCGCAAACCCCAUGAGAAGAUCCGAGGUGGUUCGUUCGUCCCCAACGGCGCCCCCAAGGCCGAUCCGGAAGCUUCUCUUAUUCACCAGGCCCUAAAGCAGAAGUACGCUGCUGCCGACUUCUUCUGUGGGGCCGGAGGCUCCUCGAAGGGAGCCGAGAUGGCCGGACUCAAGGUCUUGGUGGCUUGCGACUGGUGGACGCACUGUUGCGAGACAUACCGGCAGAACUUCCCGGAUGUUGAGCUCCACCAGAAGGACGUCUACAAGUUCAUCGAAGACAUGAGCACCGACCUGACCCGCGAGCACCUCAACAUCGACAUCCUCCACUUCUCGCCCCCCUGCCAGACGUGGUCCCCAGCGCACACGUGCGAGGGCAAGAAAGACGAGGAGAACAGGGCGGCGCUGUUCGCGUGCGAGAAGAUGCUCGUGAUAUUCAGGCCUCGCAUCUUCACGGUCGAGCAGACCUUCGGCCUGGCGCAGGACCGGUGGAUCCCCAACUUCAACGCCCUCCUCCAGGGCUUCACGCGCCACGGGUACUCGGUCAAGUGGAAGGUGCUCCACCUGGUCGAGUACGGGCUCCCGCAGACCCGGAAGAGGCUGGUCAUGAUCGGCGCCGCGCCGGGUGAGCAGCUCCCCGCCUGGCCGAGGCCGACGCACAGCAAGGACCCCAAGGACGGGCAGAAGCCGUUCGUGUCGGCGUUCCAGGCCUGUAGCGCCCUCGUCGAGGGCGAGAACCGGCACGAUGUUAAGGGCGCCCGUCCCGCCAACAAGGUCCCGUGGGACAGCAGCAAGCCUUUGGGGCGGACUGUCACCUGUUCCGGCGGCCAGUGCCACCACUGGUCUGGCGAGCGGGACUUCACGCUGGCGGAAUUCGCGGUCAUUCAGGGGUUUCCCACUGACUUCCGCUUCGAGGGAAAGUGCAUCAAGAAGCAGAUCGGGAAUGCUUUUGCGCCCAUUGUCGUCAAGGUCCUGUUGAAGUGUAUUCGCGUCCACCUGGAGAACUUCGACGGGGUCACGCGUGAGCCACCACCAGGUCAGGUCAUUAUACUCAGCGAUGAUGAUAAUGACAGCCACGACAACAACAGAUCACAGCUUCAGCACAAGGACCAGAGCCAGAGCCAGAUCGAGGGCCCGCUGGUGGUGGAGGACCUAGUGGGCUUCUGCAGGAAGCCAUCCGGCCUGAGCCAAGAGCUCCUUCAAGGCAUGAUCAACGAUGGUCACGAGAACCCUAUGCAGUGCUUCCUUGCAAAGGGGACUCGAAAGUCUUCCAAGGGCAACAGCAGCCCCGGGCCCAACCCCCGGAGAUCCAGCCGGAUAGGAAGCAGACAAGCUCAACCCACCCAAAGGAACACCUUAAACUCCUACUUCCUCCCCGUCAAUGACCAAGAUUCUCCAUCUGCCGCAAAUACCGUCCUCGGGGGAAACUCCAGCGUGGCCCCUCAGAAUGCUGCAGGCUCCACCUCGGUCACGGCGGACGACGAUCAUACGGCCACCCAGGACGCGACUGCCGGCGCUUCCAGAGCAACUUUUCAGAUCCCUUCGACUUCGGACGAAAGCACAACCGGUCAGGCUAGUAGUGCAAGGCAGACUGCCGGUGCCGGCCGGACUAUCAACGCCGGAAUCAUCGCCGCUCAGCCCCGUCAGAGUCCCCCAGACUCCGAUGAACCGCGGACCCGCCGAAGCGCUCAAUCAGCGGUGACCAUCGCUGACCUCAUCCCCUCCGCCCGCCAAACUCGCUCGAGCACCAGCCGCUCCACGGCAGGCCCAAGCGGCGGCCAGACAAUCGUCGGUAGCGUCCUCAGCGCGCCCGCUCAGGACUCCUCCGACUCCGACUCCGACCGGCCCAUGGCCCGCCGGAGUGCGCGCACGGCGCAGACCAUCGCCGACCUGAACUACUCGCCCCGCCAGACUCGCUCUACCUCUCUUCGCUCCACGGGCCACCGGAGCGCCCGGACUGCCCAGACCCUCGCCGGCCUGGACGAGGAGUCUUCGGCGGGUCGCUCAACCUCCAGCGACGCCGCCGCACGUCGGCCACGGCGGACGGGGCGGAUCGUCCGCGGCGUCAUUACCGCCCCGAGACGCCAGAGCCCCCCUGGCUUCGACGACACCACGCCGCUGUACCAAGCCGCGCAGACCACUCAGACAGUCACGGACUCUGGCGAUGCUCCGCCGAGUCCAGCCCCACGUGUUGCUCAGCACAGCCGUGUCUUCAACAAUUCUGCGCCACUGGAGGAUAUCACUCAAAAGGAGGCAGUCGCGGGGGUUACGAAGGCAGCCAUGGGGACCAAGAUAUUCCCCGGGCUUGUCAAGGGACUGCAGAACCUCAAGGUAGACAAGGAUCCUGCCGUCCCUGCUUUGCCCGGCCCACAGGGUCCCCCGGGCCUCGAUGUUGCCUCGCCUGGUCAGACCCCUCGUACCGGUCAAGAUACUGACGACGUCCUCGCCGAGCCAACUGCGCCAAUUGCGCCACGCCACCAGAGCCCCUCGGACACUCGUGACGGUACGCCAGGCCAGGACAUUCCCACUUCUCACAGCGGGCUUUUUGAAGGCACUGUCAGCUCGACAGCCCGUCAGACUGGCAUCCGCGCCGCUCUGGCCAACGCCUCGCAGCACACCCAGGCACGAGAGGACGCAGGUGGCCCGAGCCGGAGGAGGUCUAGCGGCGACAGCGUCGCGUACAUGGGGGAGUCAUCCCGCGCGGGCGCCAGGCCUUCGCUGCCGUUCGUUGUCGAGGAUGACGAGGAGGAAGCCGGUUACGAUGACGGCGACCAGGAGGAAGACGAGGACGAGGAGCAGCAGCUCCAACGCGCCAUCAAGAUGAGCUUGGGGGUGGUGUCUCCCGUCCAGGAGGUCCGAAGGUUCGCCGCGCAGGGCUUCGACCCGGACGAGACCGCCCUCGCCAUCCAGGCCAGCAUCCUGGAGGCGCAUCGUCCCAGCCAGGACCUCGAGCCCGAGGACCUUUACACAUCCAUGGACCACGACGCGCCGGCGCCUGAGGCCGAGCCCGAGCCCGAGCCCGAGAUGUAUGGGCCGGGGGACUACAAAGGCAAGGGCAGGGCGGUGGCGCCGAGGAAGUAUGACAAGUACGCCGAGGAUGAGGAGGAGGCUGAGAGGGAGGGGAGCCCGAGCAAGCGGCCUCGUGGCAGCAAGUAG